AUGGGCAGCACGGACAUUCCAGUCUCUGUGACAACCACAACAAACCACUCCUGCCUUCGUGAGGCAGGCACACUUCCCAGAGAUAGUGACAGACGUGAAGCAAAGAGUAACUGUAGCAGUAUCAUAUCGGGACAAGUCAAUCACAACAAGCUGGAGGACUUAGAGGACGACAGGGCCUGGCUGUGCAUCUACCUGUCUCCAGAUGCAGAGGGGCCCUACAACUGGAUGCUGCCCGAGGGCACGCCAGCCACUCAGGCUGGUGAUGACCAUGUCAACCAGAAGAUAGUAGAUUUCAUCGUGAAGACCAAGGGCACUGACAGCCACCUGCUGGACAUCAUGCAGGGCAGGAAGCCAUCCUGCUGGUUGGAGGCCUUCUUGGAAAAACACAGGCACCAGGUCUGCAUGGAGACCUACAUGGAAGACAAUGACCAGCUACGCCUCAUGGCCCAACACCUGCAGCACCUCUAUGAGAGCACGGCGGAGCCCAUACUGGCUCUGCGUGCAGUUGACAAGGUGAAGCUGGUGAUGGAGGUGCUGCUACCAGAGGCUGUGAUCUGCUCCAUCGCCACCCUGGAGGGCCUCGACUAUCAGGGCGCUGAGGAAAGGUUUCUGCAUGGCCCCUAUUUGUGCCCUCUCGAGAAAGAGCUGUUAGACAGGAACAUCAGCAGGAAGAGGAAGAGAUCCAGGGCCAGCAAGGAGCCACUCUGCACCCCUCCUAAGUCUGCAUCCACACCCUAGUGGGCAGCCAG